GCUAGCUCGGUGUGCCAUUCCAUGUUUGAGUUGAUCUAAAAGAUACGAAUAAUUUUGUAUAAAAACAUGAUUGUGAAUUUAACAGGUAGAUAGCAAAUGGAGCGGGUUUGAGCGGCACAGCUAACUUUAUAAUAGCUCGCUGGCGCAGUGAAUCACCAUAGCAGGGGACCUCUCAACCGUCUCUCGAACAUGAACCAGCCAUUAGACCAACCCAACACUGAUCCAAGAAUCCUCCACGCAAGAGUUCUAAAAUCCACCCACACAGACCGUUCCUCCUACAACAACCUCAUCACUCUCUACUCCAAAUCAAACCUUAAUCUUCUCUCUUACUCCGUCCGUCUCUUCCACCAAAUCCCAUCACCCAACGUCGUCUCAUGGACGGCCUUGAUCUCUUCCCACUUCAACUCUCCUCUCUCUCUCCGCUUCUUCCUCUCCAUGCUCCGCCACCCCACUCUCCCCAACCAGCGCACCUUAGCCUCCCUCUUCAAAACCUGCGCCUCUCUCCCUCACGCUUUCUCCUUCGGCCUCUCCCUCCACACUCUUUCUCUUAAACUCUCCCUCCAAAACAAGCCCUUCUGCGGCUCCGCUCUCGUUAACUUCUACUCUCGCUUUCGCUCCCCGGACAAUGCCAGACAGGUGUUCGACGAAAUUCAAAACAGAGACGAGGUCUGUUACUCGGCAAUGAUCGUGUGUUUCGCGCAGAACUCUCGUAGUUUGGAUUCUUUAUCAGUGUUUGCUGAUAUGAGGAGCUGUGAUGUGGGGUCCACGAUGUACAGCGUGUCUGGAGCAUUGCGCGCGGCGGCUGAGCUGGCGGCGAUGGAGCAGUGCAGGGUGGUUCAUGGGCAUGCCGUUGUUGUGGGUUUAGACAAGAAUGUGAUUGUGGGAACCGCUUUGAUUGACGGAUACGGAAAAGCUGGGCUUGUGUUUGAUGCAAGAAGGGUGUUUGAUGAGAAUUUGAGUGAAUUAAAUGUCGUUGCGUGGAAUGCUAUGAUGGCCGGUUACGCACAGCAAGGAGAUAAAAAUUCAGUGCUUGAGCUUUUUCAUUUAUUGAAAACGAGAGGUUUUGUCCCGGAUGAAUAUAGUUUUUUGGCGGUUUUAACGGCUUUUUGUAACGCAGGUUUGGAUUUUGAGAGUGAGAAAUGGUUGGAGAGAAUGAGAGUUGAGUAUGGUUUAGAACCGGGGUUAGAACACUACACCUGCUUAAUACGUGCAGUAGGAAGAGCUGGAAGAUUGGGGGAUGCAGAGAGGAUUGCAAUGGCUAUGCCAUUUGAACCCGAUGCAGCAGUGUGGAGGGCAUUGUUAUCUUCUUGUGCUGCACACGGAGCAGCUGACAUGGCACGGAAAAUGGCACAGAGGUUAUUGCAAAUAGACCCUUAUGAUGACUCGGCUUAUGUAAUUGCAGCUAACGUGUUAUCGAGUGCAGGACGGUGGGAUGAAGUUGCAGAAGUGAGGAAGACAAUGAAAGACCGGAGAGUGAAGAAGGAAGGUGGGAGGAGUUGGAUUGAAGUGAAAGGGAAAGUUCAUGUGUUCUUGGCGGGCGAUAGAAGGCAUGAGAGAGUUAAAGAGAUUUACGCCAAGCUAGAAGAGUUGGUGGAAGAGUGUGAGAAGUUAGGGUAUGUGCCAAUUUGGGAUGAGAUGUUGCACAAUGUUGAAGAAAAGGAGAAAAGAGAAGGGCUUUGGUAUCAUAGUGAGAAACUGGCGCUGGCAUUUGGGUUGAUGAGUGGAUCACCACCAGGGAAGCCAUUGAGGAUUGUGAAGAAUUUGAGGAUUUGUAGGGACUGUCAUGAGUGUUUUAAGUAUAUUAGUAGAGUGGUGGAGAGGGAGAUCAUUGUGAGAGAUGUUAACAGAUACCAUAGAUUUUUAAAUGGUAGCUGUAAUUGUGCUGAUAUUUGGUAGUUUAAUCUCUCAAGAUUGAUCACCAUUAUCCUCUUCAUGGAAGAAGAGUUUUUUUUUUUUUUUUGACAGGGAGUGUCCGGGUUAGCUUGCUUGCACUUCGACUAAUCUCUCCAGACCUUGAUGUUAACGAUCGGAUAAACCCUCUAGUGACUACUCCUAUUAGCAACUGAGGGGAGUAGAAGGAGAAUCAAAUUUAGACCUCUUAAGUAAUACAUCCGGUUUUCAUGUAAGAAGAGUAGCAGACAUUUUUGGGGAAGCUUAGUGAAUUUGGGGUGUUUGACCUCAAUUAUGAAGAGUAAAUUGUUGAUUUUCAUAGAUUUCCGUAAUCAGUUUGGCAAAUUCGCAACCGUGA